GCCUCUGUGCAGCACCCUUUGAAAGCAUUGCCCAUCGAGUACCUUUUCGAUUAAUUUGUGUCCGUCCUUGCCUCGACUUCGCCUUCCAUCCUCUACCCGGGUACAUACAUUUGCACUCUUUGGUCCUAACCCACCACAGCUUCAAGCAUGGAUCAGCAAGGGCAACCUAAUCCUAUGGGUCCAACGGGCCGGCGUCUGCACAUUGCUCAUCGACGAAGCCCGUCUGAGCUGACGCCGCUUAUGAUGGAACAACUUGCUAUCGCCCAGCAAAUCGAAGUGCUACAGCAGCAACAGCAGCAGAUCGCUGCAACUCACCAACAAUAUGUUAACAUGGGCAUGAUUCAGCCCCAACAGCACCUUCCUGGUGCCAACUUUCAGAUGCAAGGGCAAAUGUCCAACGUAUCACCCCACACAAACAACUUCCAGUUCCCGCAACAGAUGCCCCAGCAGCAUCUCGCGGUACCCAUGAACGCUCCUUCCCAGCCGUCCUCCCACCGCCGCAAUCAGUCUGCCCUCCCGAACGUAGGCAUGGGUCCCCCCCCUGCCCCUUCAUCAGGCGCUUCUGGUUUCGGUGAGUAUGGUGGACAACCAGGCAACCAAGGCAGAGAGAACAUUAACCCACGUGGUCGAGGCGGUGGUGCCGCAGGUUCAGGGCAUGCCCGCCGUCAUUCUCUAGCCCUGCCGGAGGCCAAGAAGGCGGCUGAAUUGGCAGAACAAAAGCGAAAGACCUCUGGAUUCCAGUUCCCUCUCCCGACUGCCACUGGUUCGAGCGCCAACCGCGACUCUAGCCCGAGCGGAAACGGCGGGGCCCAGUCUAACGAUCAGCCCCCAUCUGGACGCGGUGGUCGUGGCUCAGCUCACGGUCGCAGCCAAAGCAUGGCUGUCGGUCGCGGUGGCGGUCAUACUGGCCGUGGUGGAGGCAACUUCCAAUUUCCAGGACCCCAGGCCUCAAACGAGGCCAAUAAUGGGAAUCAGGGAGGCCAAUCGGACUUCCAGCGUCGUGGUAGCCAAGGCCACGGCAGAAGCCAAUCUCGAAAUUUUGAAGGCAAUUGGAGACAGCCUAACAAUCAGCAGCAGCCCACACAGGAAAACCAAGCCCAAAACAUGGGUAACUUCAACAUGAACCAGACCGCAAAUGCCGCUCCUUUCCAACCUGGCCAUCGUGCCCGAGCCUCAAUGAACCAGUCUAUUGGUUCUCUUGGCAACUUCCAAUAUCCAGGACAGCCUCAGCUUGUCCAACUUCCGCAAGGACAGGUGCUUGUGCAGCCGCAGAUGUUUGGUGCACAAGGCCUCAAUCCUCUACAGAUCGCCCAUUUGCAAGCCCUGCAGGCCGCCCAAAUGAACGGCCAAGGCAUAGGAGGCCUUCAAGCAAGCCAGCACGCGCAGCCACAAAUGUCAAUGCAACAACAGCAGCAACAGCGCAAAACACUCUUUACACCCUAUCUACCACAGGCUACCCUGCCAGCCCUCCUCAGUGACGGGCAGUUGGUCGCUGGUAUCCUCCGCGUCAACAAGAAGAAUCGAAGCGAUGCAUACGUCACCACCACUGACCUAGAUGCGGACAUCUUCAUUUGUGGAAGCAAAGAUAGGAACCGUGCCCUUGAGGGCGACUUGGUGGCUGUUGAGCUUCUCGAUGUUGAUGAAGUCUGGGGCCAGAAGCGCGAAAAAGAAGAGAAGAAGAAGAGGAAGGACAACGCUGAUCCUCGUGGUGGCAGCAUUGCCGUCAAUGAUGCUACGACUCAACCAGAGACGAGCCAAUCAGGAGAAGGUGGCAUCCGCCGACGAGGAAGUUUGCGCCAGCGACCCACCCAGAAGAAGAACGAUGAUGUGGAGGUUGAAGGUCAGAGCUUGCUUCUAAUGGAGGAGGAGGAGAUCAAUGAUGAGCAGAAACCCCUAUACGCAGGCCACAUAGUUGCCGUCAUUGAGCGGGUGGCUGGCCAGAUGUUCUCUGGAACCUUAGGUCUUCUUCGACCGAGUAGCCAAGCGACGAAGGAGAAGCAAGAAGCUGAGCGACAAGCUCGUGAAGGCCACUCAGGUCGACCACAGCCAGACCGUCAACAGGAUAAGCCCAAGAUCGUGUGGUUCAAGCCCACUGAUAAGCGUGUUCCUUUGAUCGCUAUUCCGACUGAGCAAGCACCAAGGGAUUUUGUCGAGAAGCACCAGGAAUAUGCCAAUCGCAUCUUUGUUGCCUGCAUCAAGCGAUGGCCUAUUACCUCACUUCAUCCGUUCGGCACUCUCGUGGAACAACUGGGCGAGAUGGGUGAUCUCAAGGUUGAGACGGAUGCUCUUUUGCGAGACAAUAACUUUGGGCCCGAUGACUUCUCUGACGCCGUUCUCAAAAAUGUCGGGUUUGAGGACUGGUCAGUCGCUAAUGAUGGCGAAGCCGCUUUAGAGAAACGACGCGACUUCCGCGGCGAAGAAACUUUCACAAUCGACCCCAACGGAACCAAAGAACUUGAUGAUGCGAUCCACUUCAAAUACUUGGAUGAUGGUCGUGUUGAGAUUGGCGUUCACGUUGCUGAUGUGGCUCAUUUCAUUAAGCCGAACUCGCUCGUUGAUCGCGAGGCCAAAAAGCGUGGCACUGCGGUCUAUCUCAUGACUCGAACCGUCAACAUGCUUCCGCCGCGCCUGUCUUCGGACAUAUGCUGCUUGAACCCUGGUGAGGAUCGCUAUACUGUGAGUGUCGUGUUUAAAGUCGACCCAGCGUCUGGUCAUGUCUUUGAAGACGAGACCUGGAUUGGCAAGGCGGUUAUCAAGAGCUCCGGCAAACUCUCAUAUGAUGAGGUGGAUUCGGUCAUCAGCGGACGUGACAGUGAAGUCAACGCUGCGAGAGCAAAGGACAUCAAUAUGCUCCACCAUAUCACGCAAAGGUUCCGCCAAGCCCGCUUCGGUGACCGCACCACCGAGAUUGCUCCGCUUCGGCUCAUGUACCAACUUGAUGACGAGAAUGUUCCUGUUGAAGAGAACAUCUUCGACUCUUCACCGGCUCAUGAGGUUAUUGAGGAAUUGAGUCACAAAACGAACGCCUUCGUCGCUAAGAAGAUCAUUGCCCAUCUCCCGGAGAAGGCUCUUCUCCGACGACAAGCGUCGCCCAACCCACGCCGCUUGGAAACGAUUGCCGACAGGAUGAAUGCAAUCGGCUAUUCAAUUGAUACGACGAGCAGUGGGACUAUGCAAAACAGUCUCUUCCAAGUGGACGACGAUGAUAUUCGCAAGGGUAUUGAGACACUUGUCAUUAAGUCGAUGAAUCGCGCCAAGUAUUCCGUUGCCGGCAAGAUAACGGAAGAUCAAUAUCCUCACUACGCCCUCAACCUUCCACUUUACACUCAUUUCACAAACCCAUCGCGACGGUACGCUGAUAUCAUCGUUCAUCGUCAGCUUGAAGCAGCCUUGUCCAAUGGAGCAGUCGAGUUCACUGAAGACAUUGAGGUGCUAGCCAAGACCGCCGAGAUGUGUAACACCAAGAAGGAUUCUGCGCACAGCGCCCAAGAGCAAAGCGUACAUAUCGAGUCCUGUCGUAAGAUGGACAAGAUGAGACAAGACUUAGGAGGAGAUCUCAUCAGUGAAGGCAUUGUCCUCUGCGUAUAUGAGUCGGCGUUCGAUGUCCUGAUUCCUGAGUUUGGUUUCGAGAAGCGUGUCCAUUGUGACCAACUGCCAUUGAAGAAAGCCGAGUUCGAUAAGAACAAGCGACUUCUUGAGCUUUACUGGGAGAAGGGUGUUCCAUCCUCAGCCUACAUUCCUGAGGAUGAGCGACCGAAGCACGGUUCAGUCCGCGCUGCUAAUGCUGCAGCGGCAGCACGUGACGCGGAGGCUGCUAAACAGCGUGCCAAGGAACAUGAGGAAGCUCAGCGAAGAGCCAUGGAUACUGGAACUAUGUCUACCGAUGAUGUUGACGCUUUAUUUGACGACGAGGACGAUGACUCCACGGAUUUGGCUGGAACCAUGGCUGGGGUCUCUCUCAACCCAGCAGGAGCCGACCGUCCAACUCAGAGCAUGCCACCAUCUCCUACUAGGAAUGGCCUUUCGUCUGGCCAGACUCCUCAUCGUGUCAAAUCAGACUCGAAACUAGCACAGAGCGCUAGCGAAGUCCCAGAAGCCAAGCUUACUAACAAGGAGAAGUACCUUAAAUGGUUCUCAUUGAGAGAGGAGAAGGGUGACUACAUCCAAGACGUGAGGGAGAUGACCCGCGUUCCGGUGAUUCUGAAGACGGACCUCACAAAGAGCCCACCUUGCCUCACAAUCCGUUCUCUGAACCCCUAUGCACUCUGAGAAUCGAUCGGUUAGACUGCGCGACAUAUUCCCCGUAUUCCAAGGAGUAAUGAAAGUCAAAAUUGGCAUCGCUUCAGGGCCUGAUUUUGGUCACUAAGACUCCGCGGUCACUACGUAUUUUGAAAAGCCGCCGCGUCCCUCGAACUCGAGCAGCUACGUCCGCGAUUGCCGACAAAGACACUCACUCAGACA